AUGGGACAACUGUCCUGUGCUGUGACCCCUAGGGGGCAAGGAGAUUGCAAUGACGAUAUUCGGUUACCAAACUACAUCGAACAUGCACCAUCUCAUAUCACCAAGAAGGAUCUUGACUAUUUGCAAUCCAAGGGUGCAUUGGGACUUCCGCAUUAUAAAGUCCAGAUGAAACAGUGGAAGGCAUAUUGGAAAUAUGCGUACCCAUGCAAUCCUAUCCUGGAUCCAACUGAGAUAAUGAAUAUCAUGCAAGGACAUAAAAGUCGAACAAAAAUCAGUCUCUUCCUUUUCCAGUGCGUUUUGCUAGUUGGCAGGCUCUUCCUCGACAUUCACGAAGGAUCGUGUACCAAUUCUGUCCAUCUUCAAGCGAUGUUUCAGAAGAUUCGAUUACUAUACAACCUAGGUUGGGAAACUAAUCCUUUCGUUGUCCUCAAGUCCUUACUCCUCAUGACCUGGUUUCCACAAAGCGUUGAUGAAUCCAAGGGCCAGGCGUAUUGGAUCACACAGGCUGUUUCUCUCGCAUUUAGAAUCGGUCUUCAUCGCGACCCUUCGCAGCUUGACAUAGAACAACGCCUUCGGAGCUUAAGAAAGCGUUUGUGGUGGUGCCUUUAUGUUCGCGAACGUACCCUUAAUCUUGAUGCUGGCUUGCCGUGGAUAAUAGACGAAAACGACUACGACGUUCCCAUGAUUACCAUCCAUGAUUUUGAACUGGUGCCACCGUCAUGUGGCUUCGAGGAUAAUAUACCAUUUGCAGAGUUGGGCGCCAUAAAUAGACAACGCCAAAUUGCCUUGAUGUCGGUUGAAAGAGCCGCACUGAUGGUGUUGGUAGGACGUCUUCCAUCCAUAUCAAUUCAUAUUGCCGAUAGAAGUAAGAAGCGGCCAGGAAAGCCAUUGCUUCACACUCACGGCCAGCGUCUUAAUAAGCUUUCCAUCGACGAAUUUGAUUAUAGCUUAGAUCAAUGGAUGAAUAAUCUUCCACCGGAGGUCAAUUACCACGGGUCGAAUUCUCUUGCUUCAUGGGUCGGCGACGGCCAGUUGUACAUGCACUGCACAAUGCUCCGACUAUCCUAUAGUAUUGUACGUCUCCAAUCAGCCGCUCUUCGUUACCUUCAAAACAAAAGUAUCGUCGAUCACCGGAGUCGAAAAAUGGUUAGUGCUGCUUGCUUUCUGAUCAUAGACCUCAUAGAGGAACUCAAUUACCACGAGUAUUCAGCUUAUGUUCCCCUAUAUGGGUUUUCGACUCUACGGCCGGUUUUGAUAUGGGCGAUUAUCAGCCAAGAACAGAAUAUAAAGCGAUAUCAGGGAUUUCCGCAGUUGCUGGCACUCCAAUACAAAGUUGGGAAAGCAGACCCUUACUACUUGCUAUUUCAAUCGUAUCUACAACAUAAGAAUAUAACCAUGAAAGAGGACACUCUGUAUCUGUCGCCCUAA